UUGAGUCCUUUGCCCCGAAGUUUAGCUAGCGUUUUGGAUUAUUAAGCGCGUUUGCGUUUUAGCCCUUUUCUGUAUACUGUGUUCUUGCUUGCAGGGUUUGGGUUUGGGUUUAGGGGUUUAGGGUGAAUUAAUUUUGGACUUGCCUAGGGUUUUAGCGUUAUUCAUACCAGAAGAUGGGAAGUAGAUCGAUACUGGUAGGCAUGGAGGUCCCAGUCAUCGGCAGCGAUUCAUUGAAAUGGAUUGACGUCCCUGUUCCUUCUUCUUCUUCUUCUUCUUCUGGUCCUUCUGAUGCGUCCGCCUUCGCCUCCGCUGAUGCUCCUUGCGUCCCUCCCGUCACCGACGAUUGCGCCUCUUCCAUCGCCAUUGGAGACCCUCCUACAUAUCUCAUAUGGAAAAUUCACAAGAAUCUUCCUCAUGCUCUCGAACUACUUGAGCUCAGUGCUUCUAAAGACUUCUCCAAAGUCGGGCUUCGAAUCACUUUUCCAGAUGCGCUCUCUCCCUUGCUUCUUCUUUGUAAAAAUGAGAUUGAUGUAGGUUCUAGGAGCCACCCCUACUUGCUUUAUGCAUUGACUGUCUCAGGGGUCGCUUACCUUUUGAGACUUGGACCCAUCUCUACUUAUGUAUCCCACUCUGGUUUCCGGCUGGAUGAGCUUGUGGAGUUUAAUGUCAACGCCUACGGACCAGUAACAAGUGCUGCAGCAAUGCCAUCUGGGUGCCUUGUACUUGGGCGGGGUGACGGAUCCCUUGCUUGUCUCCAACUGGGCUCACUUGACCCCUCUGCUCCUGGUUUUGUGAGGGAGCUGCGGGAUGAUUCCGGAAUUGGUCGUUUGUGGGGUUUCAUGUCAAGGGGUAGGAUGGUAGGGGCUGUGCAGGACUUGGUGAUAUCAGUCAUUCAUGGAAAGCCACUUGUAUUUGUGCUUCAUUCUGAUGGGAUGUUACGAGUGUGGGAUCUUUCAUGCCAUAGCAGGCUCUUUAGUAAUAACAUGAACAGUCCGACACUGGCAGGAGCUACGUUGGUAAGGUUAUGGAUUGGUCAAGUUGACAAUGAUUCAACCUUGAUUCCUUUGGCAAUCUUGUACAGGCAUACUUCGGAUAUCAGCUCAGAGACGAUCUAUGCAUAUAGCCUCCGUUGUAAUUUUGGGGAUAGAUUCAUUUUAAUGCUGGAACCUUCAGCGAUAAAUAUUCCUUUGGAGGAGGUUGGAUGUGUUGAUGUCAAACUUACUUCCGACAAGAUUUGCAUACUGAAAAAUAAUGGAUUGGUACUUCACAACUUGUUGACGAAUGUCAAUACGGAAGAUGCAUGUUCUUAUGCCUUGCAGGAGGACUUCGUUGCAGAUCAAUUGUUUCAAAGUUCUGAGCAUUCUUCAGAUGACCUUCUUUUGAUAACACAUUCAGUAUUCUCAUCUUCAAAGGAACAUAUUGUACAAGUUGUAUCUUCGAUUUUCUUACGCAGGCUGCUUCUUCCUGGGGUUUAUCAUAGCAUUGCGUUGCGCUCAACUUUGCUGGAUUAUAAUAGGCACUGGAGUGAUUCAGAUUUCCAGUCCUUAACUGCUGAUAUGUUGAAGAAGGAAAUUCUUUCCGUCAUUGAACAUGAGGGUGUCAAUGAUAAUUCAACGUCAAUAUUUUGCUGCUGGAAGAAUUUUUGUUCUCGCUACUUUCAAAACUGGUGCAAGAGCAAUGCACCAUGCGGUUUGCUUGUUGAUUCCUCCACGGGCACUUUUGGUUUGGUCAGAAAGAAUUCGGUAUCUUUUUUUCGCUGUUUGGAGGAUAUUGAGCGGCUUAAUGAUGGCAUUUGUGAUGACCAUGGUGAUCUUGUUGGCUUUGGGUUGGAUUUAUUUGAUGAUGCUCCUGAAUUUGAGGUGCUCAUUGAAAUGCUCAGAUGUGUUGUUAAUGUCAGCCAACAAUUGGGCAAAACAGCUUCUGCUAUAUUUUAUGAAUCACUCCUCAGUACACCAUCAGUUAUCUCAUCUGAGGAGAUUACUCGUCGCCUAAUGAAGAUUUUAGAGACUGGAUAUAGUUCAACAGUAUCAAUGCUUCAUAUAUCAGAUCUUGGACCUGAUGUUGCUUGGGAGAAAAGCCUGGCAGAUCACAAAAAUUUGAGGAAAUUUUCGAUCGACAUGCUGUUAUCUCUUCAUGCUUUGCACAAGAAAUCUGGCACAUGGAGUCGAAUCUUAAACACGAUUGAGAGUCCACAGAAAGUGCACUUCAAAUCAUCUUUAUUUUCUCGAGUAAAGGGACGAGAAUUUAAAGACUGAUUAGAAGGAUUACUAGGACGAAAAGCAGUAGUAGAGGUUAUGUUUGAGUCUGCACUGGACAUUCUUCUGUUUCUAAGCUAUCUAGUCAGCAUUAGUGGGCAGAUCCAUAUGCUGCAUGAUGAUAUAUCCAAAAUUCAACUUGACUUGAUUCCAAUGAUUCAAGAAUUCAUUUCUGAGUGGCUUCUUAUACAUUUCUUUGCCACCACGCCAUCUGAACCAGCUGCUAUUGAAGAUUUCAGUUCCCAACUUUCAUUAUUACAAAUUGAUAGCAGCAUGGGCAAAAGAUCAUGGAAUGAGAAGCUUGGGAAGUGCGAGUUCACUCUGGCUUUUAUAUUCCUACUAAAUAUUCGAAGUUCCUCCAGAGACCAAAACCGCCUCUCUUCAAGAAGCAUACCAGACAUGCAUGACAUUAUUAUUUCAAUGCGGGACUUCGCUAGCUGGAUCAUUUGGGGCCAUGCUGGGGAUUGCUUUACCUUCCUCAGCCGUGCAACGGAUCUUGCUUUGAUCCUCCUAAGGCACGGGCAGUAUGAUGCGGUUGAGCACCUACUCACUAUUGUGGAGGCGCAUUUACAAAAGGAGAAGACAUCUCAUAGUAUCCAAGAUACAGAGGGAGGAUGGUGCAUACUUCAUCAUCUUUUAGGAUGCUGCUUCCUUUCUCAGGCACACCGUGGGUUGCAUGGAGUACUGAAAGACAGGAAAAUCAAUGAAGCUGUUCGUUGUUUCUUCAGAGCUUCAUCUGGAAAAGGGUCAUCUGAGGCUUUACGGAGUUUGCCUCAGGAAGUGGGGUUGCCAGAUCUUGGUUUUACGGGUAGCAUAUCAGCUGCAGCAUGGAGGCUCCAUUACUAUCAGUGGGUUAUGCAGAUAUUCGAGCAAUAUAAUAUUAGUGAAGGUGCAUGUCAGUUUGCUCUUGCUGCGCUUGAGCAAGUUGAGGAAGCUUUUAAGGAAAAAGAUGAGUUCCAUGGACAAGACUCAAUCAAUGAAUCAGCAUCUACCAUCAAAGGACGACUUUGGGCAAAUGUCUUCAAGUUUACUUUAGAUCUUAAUCGCUUUUAUGAUGCAUAUUGUGCAAUAAUUUCAAACCCAGAUAAGGAGAGCAAGUACAUCUGCUUGAGGCGUCUGAUAAUUGUUCUUUAUGAACGUGGUGCCAUAAAGAUUCUUUGUGGUGGUCAGCUACCGUUCAUUGGCCUUACAGAGAAGGUAGAGCAAGAGCUUGCCAGGAAGGCAGAUUGUUCAGAUGUUUUAGCAAAGCCAAACUUAUAUAAGUUGCUUUAUGCAUUUGAAAUGCAUCGACAUAACUGGAGAAGAGCAGCAAGCUACAUGUACCUAUAUUCUGUUCGUUUGAGAACAGAGACAGCUCUGAAAGAUUACCAGAACACGUCACUGGCACUAAAGGAGAUCCUUAAUGGGCUCUCUGCUGCUAUCAAUGCACUUUAUCUUGUUCAUCCUGCCUAUGCUUGGAUUGAUCCUCUACCUGAGAGAAGUUAUCUUCACAAUGAGCAGUAUCCGAGUAAAAAGGCUAAAAUUACCAUAGAUGAACAGACUGCCAGCAAUGAUGUUCACCCUCAAACAGGGAAAUCUUAUAUUGAUAUUGAGAAAAUUGAGAACGAGUUUGUGCUUACUUCAGCAGAAUAUUUGCUUUCAUUGGCACAUGUCAAGCCGACAUCUAGUGGAACCCAGAAAACACCACUGGAGGUUGUUGAUCUCCUGAUCCAGACAAAUUUAUAUGAUAUGGCAUUUACAAUUCUUUUAAGAUUCUUAAAAGGUUCAGAGUUAAAGAGGGGAUUGGAAAGAGCUUUCUCUGCCAUGUCAUUGAAAUGCUGCUGCCCACAUAGAGUUGAUUCUUCAUGGGUUGGGGAUGAUCCCAGAGCACAUGGUCUUCUGUUGACUUCAUUAAAGGAUGAAGUAGUUGUUCAUGGUUCACCUGAUAUGGGUUCUACAAAUCAACAAUCUAAGGGAAUCAGUCAAUGGGGAACUCUUGAGCUUUAUCUUGAAAAUUAUAAAGUGUUCCAUGCCCGUUUACCACAAGUUGUUGCUGAAACUCUUCUUCGUACGGAUCCUCAAAUUGAAUUGCCUCUUUGGCUGGUAAAGAUGUUCAAGGAUGGUAGGCGGGAAAGGACUUGGACCAUGACUGGCCAAGAAUCAAAUCCUGCGUUGUUGUUCCAACUAUAUGUUGAUUAUGGUCGAUAUAGAGAAGCUACAAAUCUUUUGCUCGAGUAUGUAGGAUUGUUUGCAUCAAUGAGACCAGCUGACAUAAUCAAUCGUAAAAGACCAUUUGCGGUUUGGUUUCCAUACACAGCAGUUCAGCGUCUGUGGUGCCAACUUGAGGAAAUGAUCAGUUUGGGCCACAUGGUAGAUCAAUGUAACAAGCUGAAAAACUUACUACAUGGAGCUUUGCUGAGCCAUCUUGAACUUGUAAAGGUGGACUCAGAAGAUGUACUCUCUGCUUUUAGUUGAGAGAUUUCAUUUAGCUAACAAGAUGGACACACUUUGGAUGCAACCCUGAAGUUGAGCAUAAGUUACUUUGUAGAUACGCCUGAGUUCUUUACCGGAAAAUGCUAAGAAGGCAGUAUUGGGAAGCUCCAUGUAGCUCUCAAGACAAUUGGGAAGCUGGGGAGAGUUGCUGUGUGUUGGUGACACCUUCUGCCCCUCCUCUCUCCCUUAAUGUAUAUAUGUAAUACACAACGGAACUUUGAAAGCUGAUGUUACUUUCAUACAUGAUUUGCCAACUGAAGUGAUUAUAAAUUCAGUUUAAUAUUUGUAUCAGAACCUUUUCUUUUGUAGGUAAAUUGAAGGGUUCAUAUUUUAGGAUACAAAUAUCAAUUUGGCUAUGCUGAUGUCUGUGAUAAGUUCAUAUUUUAGGAUACAAAUAUCAGUAAAGAAUGUACGUGUUAUACCGCAUGUGAAUUGACAUUGAAAAUCAAUCAGUAUUGUUAAAUUAUAAUCA